AUGUUGGUGUAAACAUGCAGUGAGUGUCUCCAUGUAAGGAGAAGACAGAGUGCAGCUGCAGUGUUUGUCUGUGAAACACUUCUUCUUGUCCACAGAGCAGGAGAAAUACGCCAUUGCACCCUGACUAUUUAUUCUGGACUCUAUCCACAACCCCCCCACACCCCCUCUACGCUGUUACAUUUCUGUUGUGGAGGCUGAGCUAUCUCUCCGGUCCACCAAGGCAUCUGCGGGAGUGAGCUCUGCUGUACAAUAAAUUGGGCGGCCCCUGGAUCCACAACAGGCCCCUAAAUAGGAUGCCGAUCUUGUUAAAACGUGGAGGACAUUGCUAGGAUUUCCUGUGCGGAUAAAAAAGAAGAAACACUUGUUCUUCCACUUCGGUUCAGCAAAGAGGGGGUCUUUCCGACACAAUGGCAAUAAUUCAUAUACCAGAGUUCAUCUUACUGUACAUGGUCCAUGCAGCCAUCCCUCAAGGACUGACCCCUCGUGGACCACGGCCAAUUUCACUCCCGAGAGACAAUCCAGAUCAGAAUCCACCAAUCCGAGAAGGUUGUGAGAGCAGAUUGGUCAACUGUCCCAUCAAGCUCUUCUUCACCGUUGACACUUCCGAGACCAUUGCCCUCCAGGAGUCCCCACCUGGAAUACUGGUGGAAAACAUCAAAGAGUUCAUGCGGGUUUUUGCCCAGAGGCUGGAAGAUGAGGAGUACCGGGAUCGGGUCCGCAUUACCUGGUCUAUCGGAGGUCUACACUUCUCUCAGACGCAAGUGGUCUUCAGCCAGUUUGCAACUCGAGAGAGCUUCAUCAGGAGUCUCAGUGGCAUUCGAUACCUGGGCAAAGGCACCUACAUCGACUGCGCUCUCCGAAAUACGACGUAUCACAUGACUCAGCACUACGCGGGAACAAGCGCCGCUCUUUUCUCUGUGGUUAUCACAGACGGUCACGUGACAGGAAGUCCCUGCGGUGGCAUCAAAGUGACGGCGGAGAAGGCCCGCGAGCAGGGAAUUGGCGUUUUCUCCGUAGCGGCAUCCAGGUCCGUGGAUGAGACGGGAAUGAGGGAGAUUGCCAGUUCACCAGCUGAAGUCUUCCGGAAUGACUACUUAGCUGUGGAGAUCGUCAACGGCAGGCCGAGAAUAAAGACGGACUCCAUUGAUCGUAUUAUAAAAACCAUGAAAUACCAAGCUUAUUCCGAGUGCUACCAACAGGGCUGCAUUGAAACUCCUGGGAUCCCUGGACCGAGGGGACCUCGAGGGCCAAAGGGUCCAAAAGGGGACAGAGGUCUUCCGGGGCCACAAGGUGCAAAGGGAAAACAGGGUGAUCCUGGCAUUGAGGGUCCGAUUGGACGUCCCGGACCAAAGGGAGAAGUCGGGUUGAAGGGUGACAAGGGUGAAAUUGGAACAAGCGGAGCAAAGGGUUUGGUAGGAGUACCUGGAAGGAAUGGAACUGAUGGACAAAAGGGUAAAAUCGGCCAUAUUGGAGCAAUUGGCUGCACAGGGGAACCAGGCGACAAAGGACAAGAUGGCUUCCCAGGGGAUGCUGGUGAUACUGGACCACCAGGUGGAAAAGGAGAAAAGGGUGACCUUGGCCUACCCGGGAAAUCAGGUCCUUUAGGCCCCGAAGGUGAACGAGGAGCAAAGGGCGAAAGAGGAAUCCCAGGAAAUCCAGGAGCCCCGGGAGACAAGGGACCACGGGGACCUCGUGGCUUACCUGGACCAAAAGGCGAAGUGGGAAGGAGAGGGGAUCCAGGACCAAAAGGAGCUCAAGGAUUUGUUGGCAAAAAGGGAGAGAAGGGAGAACGAGCUCCACUGGGACGCAGGGGACAUCCAGGGGAGGAAGGACCCAAGGGAGCAAAGGGGGCCCCUGGACUGCCGGGACCAAGGGGUCCACCCGGAGACCCAGGGAGCUCUGGAGCAAAUCAGGGCACCAUGGGGAAUCCUGGAGAUCCUGGAUCGAGAGGAGACCCAGGCACCCAAGGACCAACGGGUGACAAAGGAAGACAAGGAUUCAGCUACCCUGGACCAAGAGGACCUACCGGGGACAGAGGUAUCCCAGGUAGAAAAGGACCGAGGGGCAGUCGAGGUGAAUGUGGUGCCAAGGGAGAAUCCGGCGACCCAGGUCCACGUGGAGAGUUUGGGGAACCAGGUCAGGCGGGGGAGCCCGGAGCUAGAGGAGCCAGGGGGGAUCCUGGGCCCGAUGGUGGCCGUGGACCAGAGGGCGAUGCUGCACUCACUGACUGCGACGUCAUGACAUACAUCAGGGAGACGUGCGGUUGUUGCGACUGCGAGAAGCGCUGCGGUGCACUGGACGUUGUAUUUGUAAUAGAUAGCUCGGAGAGCGUCGGUCUCACCAACUUCACCUUGGAAAAGAACUUUGUAAUCAACACCAUUAAUCGUCUGGGAUCAAUGGCCGCUAACCCCGCGUCUCCGACCGGUACAAGAGUUGGAGUUGUGCAGUACAGUCACAACGGGACCUUUGAGGCCAUUCGACUCGAUGACCCCAACAUAAACUCCAUGUCUGCUUUUAAAAUGGCGGUGAAAAAUCUUCAGUGGAUUGCCGGCGGCACCUUCACACCCUCGGCUCUCAAGUUCGCUUACGAUCACCUCAUCAGGGACGGCAAGAGAGCCCGAGCUAAAAUAUCGGUGGUUGUGAUCACAGAUGGACGCUUCGAUCCGCGUGACGAUGAGGAUCUACUCAAAUACCUCUGCCGGGACAGCAGCGUUGCGGUAAAUGCAAUCGGGGUCGGGGAUAUGUUUAGAAAAGCCCAGGAUGACGAGAUCCUGGGCUCCAUAGCGUGCGACCAAAAGGGGCGAGUCACAGGGAUGAAGAAUUUCGUUGACUUGGUCGCAGAGGACUUCAUAGACAAAAUGGAGACUGUUCUUUGUCCCGAUCCAGUUGUUGUGUGCCCUGAUCUCCCCUGCAAGACCGAGCCAGAUGUUGCUCCCUGUGCCCAACGUCCAGUCGAUUUGGUAUUCCUGCUUGACGGUUCCGAACGCCUCGGAGCGCAGAACUUCCGUCACAUCCGUGAAUUCUUACAAACGGUGCCGGAUAGACUGGUACUCGCCAGAACCAGAACAGAUCGCCUGCGAGCUCGCUUGGCUCUAUUGCAAUACGGCGACGACGGUGAGAACUUUGUGGCUUUCCCUCUCACGCACGACCCUGUUCUCAUCGCCGACGGUAUCGCGCGUUUGGGUUAUCUGGACUCUUCAUCGAACGUGGGGGCAGCCAUCACUCACGCCAUCGACAGAGUACUAGGCAAGGGACCGGCUCGCCAGACGAGACGCCAUGCAGAAAUUGCAUUUGUUUUCAUCACGGAUGGAGUCACAGACAAAAAGAACCUGGAUGAAGCCGUUAGGGCCAUGCGUGGGGCGCAAGUGGUGCCCACGGUGAUCGCCGCAGGGAAUGACGUGGAUCAAGAAGUCUUAAUGAAACUGGCAAUGGGAGAUGAGAAUGCCGUAUUCAGAGAAAAGGACUGGUCUGAGUGGCGGUCAGGCUUUUUUGACCAUUUUUUCCGAUGGAUUUGUUAACGAGUAAUCACGCUGGAGACGUAUCUUGUAUUGGUGCUACUGAUGUUAAUUCCAUUUACUAUUCCUCUUAUGCACUGUACAAUCUGACACUAUAUCCAAUACACAAUAAAUCGGAUUUAACAGGCCGAGCUAUAUUACAGUGUUUUGUUUUUUUUGGUCAAUUUUCGGACCUCAUUGUCCAAUAUUAAGCAUUACAAAGAAAAACAAUAUUAGUUUUGUUCAUACAAAAGUAGCAAAAGGUCUCCACGUGGGAGGUGAAACAAUAGACGACUGAACAGAUAAACACAGUGAUGCAUACUUUUCAGUUUUUUCGCAGUCGCUCCCAUUGCCUUCAUUCUUACAUCAUGUCCAGCUGCACAGGAAGAAGGAAGGGAGGGAAGGUUUUGAGUGUUUAAGAUAAAGAUUAGGCCUGGGACACACUGAGGUACUCGACUAUGCAGGAUUUUUUUUUUUUUUUUAAAUG